AAGAAGUUGGCAACACUGAAUAAAAUAUUGUUCAAUUAAUGGAUAAACUAAAUUAAUGGUCAGCACAAAGUAGGCAGCACAACUUUAACUGCUGCCACGUGUUCGUUGAGAAUCGGAAAUAGAGUGAGCAACCUGAAAAGCCAAUGAAGGGUAAACAGCACUCCACAAUAACAAAAGCAACAACAACGACAGCAACAGCAACCAAAAUUAACAUGUGCAACGUUGCAUGCAAACAGAAUGUAAACAACUUGCGGGCAACGAGUUCAGUUCUGUUAAUAAUGCUGCUUCUGGUGAUUGUUUGUGUGCUGCCCGUGGCUUUAGCUGAGCCCCUUAAAGUGGUUUAUGCCGUGAAUGCGGGGGGAGAGGAGCACACGGAUCUGAAUGGCAUUAACUACGAGGCGGAUCCAUUGAACGUGGGCAUCUCCUCCGACUAUGGCAAGCAUCUGCUGAUGAUUGGACGUGUCCAGGAGCAGGACGAGGUUCUCUAUCGCACGGAGCGUUAUCAUACGACAACAUUCGGCUACGAUUUUCCCGCUGAUGGCGAUGGCGACUAUGCACUGAUCAUGAAAUUCUGUGAAGUCUAUUUCGAUGCACCCAAUCGCAAGGUCUUCGAUGUGCUGCUCAAUCGGAAGCACACGGUCGUCAAGCAGCUGGAUAUCUACAAUCAGGUGGGACGUGGCUCGGCCCACGAUGAGGUUGUCUACUUUAAGAUCGUCAAUGGUCGUUUGCACUAUGAGUACGAGGGUGAGAUUGAGACUUCGGAUGUGCGCAAUGGACACUUGCGUCUGGACUUUAUCAAGGGUGCUCUGGAUAAUCCCAAGAUUAAUGCAUUUGCCCUGCUCAAGGGCGAUGUGACACAGCUGCCGCGACUGCACAACACGGAGGCCAGCGAACGACGUGCCGAGCCGGAGGAGGAGGACAAACCACGUGCAGUGCGACCACGUGACAGUCAGCAGCAUCAGGAGCGCAUUGUGCGCUACAAUGAUCGGCAGACGCAACGAGGCUAUGACGAUGACGAUGAUGAGGAUGACUACGAUGUGGAGGAGGGGGAACAGCAGCAGGAACCGCAUGCUGACCAUGUGCCAGACCGACAGCAACAACAACAACAGCAGCAAUCGCCACAGAGCUCGAAACGUACGCGCAGUGGACCACGUCAGCCAAAUCCUUAUUCCAUGGAUGAUUCAUCCAUUCUGAUGCCGGUCUUUAUUGCGAUCGGAGCAUUCAUCCCACUGCUGUUUUGCCUGUGCAAGCUCUGAUCCCCAUGGGAUCCAUUAAGCUGCCCCAGGGGGCGUUCGUGUUGAUUUUUGUGAUUUUUAUAAAAGACUUAAUUGUAUAAUUAUCGUUUAGUUGUACGUUAGGCAUACAAUCGUUCUUUGUUUUUGCCACCACACAAAAACGCACAAAUCUCUCUCUGUCUAGAUACAUAUAUAUAACCAUAUAUAUAUAUAUAUAUAUAUAGACAUUUAUUUAGUCUAAUUAUGUGUUACUUUUUUAGAUUCUGACUUAACGCCCGCCAGGCUCGUUUACUUAAGCUUACAAUGUACUGAAUUUAAUUAAUUUUUUUAUUUUCCGAUUUUUAUUUCAUUUUAUUUUCGGCAUCGAAAACUUUAUAAUGCAGCUUUGUAGCAGAGUGCUUAAAUCUGUCAAUUUAAUUUAUGGAAACGAUAUGAAAAUAAACCUUGUUUGUUAUUUACAAAUUGUUUGAUAUUAAUCGUAAUUAGGCAAAGUAAUGAUCUUAAAAGUGUUUCUAUAAUUUUCAAAUGGUAGAAAUCAAUAUACCUUGGACCUUUUCGACUUAAUUAAAUGUUUUCUAAACACUUAUUGAGCUUUGCUCCACUGAUUCUAUAAAUUAUUGUAUUGAAUAUCUUAAAAUUGUAAUUAAUGAUUACCAGUCUCAAUGAAUGAAAUACAUGAUAAUCACUUCCACUGCGUCAAA